AUGCAGGGCGGGUGUAUCCGACAAGCCGUGGGCAAGAUCUUGCAAGGUCGCACGCCAGCCGGCCUGACUGAGGAGGAGGUGAUGCACAUCACUCAAGCUGGAAGAGACAAACUGAUUCUCGAAGACAGCUUGAUCCGUCUGGACGCGUCGCCGAGGAUGAUCGUCGGUGAUAUUCACGGGCAUCUGGACACGCUCCUCUACAUCUUCGACACAUUUGGCUACCCGCCAGACAAGCGAUACCUCUUCCUCGGCGAUUACGUAGACAGAGGCCCUGAUGGGCUGGAAUGCAUGUGCCUUUUGGUCAGCUACAAGGUCCUGUUCCCAGACACCGUCCACCUGCUGCGCGGGAACCACGAGAGUACGAUCACCCAUUACUACGGCUUCUACGACGAAUGCGCCCGCAAGCUGAACAAACAGGCACAUCUCCACUUCUUAUGCCUGUUCGACACUCUCCCCUAUGCAGCGCUAAUCAGCAACAGCGUGCUGUGCAUGCACGGGGGGCUCAGUCCCGACCUGCGAGCCAUCGCAGACCUAGAGCGUCUACCGCGCCCGGCGCCCAUACCAGACCAAGGACUCGUGACUGAUUUGAUGUGGAGCGAUCCAGAACCGGGUUUGACUGGUUGGGCGAUCGGGCGAGGGGGCGCAUACACCUACGGCGAGAACGUUGUGGAGCGGUUCUGCAGGACGAACAGCCUCCAGCUCAUCGUCCGUGCACACCAGAUCGUUGACGCCGGCUAUGAGUUCUUUGCGAACAAGAAACUCAUCACUGUCUACUCUACACCCAAUCACUGCGAGAGGGAGAACAAAGCAUCCGUGCUCUGCGUGGAGCCAUCAGAGGAAGCGGAGGGGGUGACGUUGAGUCUGCGGGUUUAUAAUAAUACACACGUAUUGCGGAACAAGACAACAAUAUAA